GCUAUAAAUUCCCUCGCAUGCCCUCUCUCGCUCUCUCUCACAUUGGCUAUAAAAGGGCUUGCCAGUUGCCAUCCCUCUCCCACUAAUCCCCCCCUAGCUAGUCUCUCUUUCUAUCUCCCCCAACACUUCUCGAUUAAGCUAUAGCUAGAUACCAACUCUCUCUCUCUCUCUCUCUCUCUCUCUCCAACUGAUUCAUUAGUGAACAACGAAUAUGGCCGAACCCCAGAGGAGCAGGAGCAGGAGCAGGGCUAGCUCGCCGGGGGCUCCUGUUGAGCUCGACGACGACCACGGCCAGCCCGGAGGGGCGGCGCAGGAUCAGGAGGAGCAGCUGGAGCUCCGGCGCGGCCCGUGGACCGUCGACGAGGACCUCACCCUCGUCAACUACAUCGCCGACCACGGCGAGGGCCGCUGGAACUCCCUCGCCCGCGCCGCCGGGCUGAAGCGGACGGGCAAGAGCUGCCGGCUGCGGUGGCUGAACUACCUCCGGCCCGACGUGAAGCGCGGUAACUUCACCGCCGACGAGCAGCUGCUCAUCCUCGACCUCCACACCCGCUGGGGCAACCGGUGGUCCAAGAUCGCGCAGCACCUGCCGGGGAGGACGGACAACGAGAUCAAGAACUACUGGAGGACCCGGGUGCAGAAGCACGCCAAGCAGCUCAACUGCGACGCCAACAGCAAGCGCUUCAAGGACGCCAUGCGCUACCUCUGGAUGCCGCACCUCGUCGACGCCGACGACCACCGCCGCCGCCUCCUCCAGGCGGCGCACCACCACCACGCCGCCGACGUCGCCGCCGCCCACGGCCUGUCCGGCGCCGGGAUGGUCACCUCGGCGUCCUCGGACUCCUUCGCGACCACGGCCGAGUCGUACGACGACGUGGGGGGGCUCUGCUACGCGAACCUGCUGCACGCCGGGGAGAUGGCGGCCGUGGGCGGCGGAGGCGGCUGCUGGCCGCACGAGGCGAACCACCAAGGGCUGUGGCCGGCGGCGGCCGAUCAGGCUGGCAGCGGCGGCCAGUUUCAGGACCCGGAGCUCAGCGGGUGGGUGCAAGGCUUCUCCGAGGGCAUGAUCACCGAGAAUUUUUGGGCCUUGGAGGACAUCUGGAAGAUCCAAUGAGGGAUAGAUUUCAUGCUUUUUCAAAGGGUUGAAAUUAAUAAAACGAAUAUAUAUAGUAUAAUUAGUGAGUAGUAGUGGUGUCAUUGAUAGCUAGAUAUAUAACUUAAGAAAAAGGAAAUCAUAUAUAGUUAGCAUAUAUAUAUUCUAACUCCAAAAGAUACUGUAAGAGAGUUUGUGUAUAUAGUAUAUACCCCCCCCCCUCCUCUCUUUUUAUAUAUAUCCUUUUGGGUGGUUUUUUUCUUUGUUUUUUGCCUCUUAAGAUUCAUGUUCUUAUAGAGAGGUUGAAAGGAGGGCAUUAUUUAUGACUUUUGUGUUCAACAUUAUUGUGCAAUGUAUACAAGUAUACAGAUUAUUGCCUUUAUUGGUAAUGAAAGUUUGAUUUUGGGCAGUUAAUUGUGUGCGUCCAAAAUGUUUCUCC